GGCGGCGGGGAUAGUUGCUGUGUCAGGACAGCUCGGCGGCCUCCCGCCAUGGUGGGCGAGGGCGGCGCCUACCGGCUCCGCUGCUCCCUCGUGGGGCACGGGCAGGACGUGCGGGGCCUGACCCGCGGCCUGUUCCCCCAGGGCAGUUUCGUGUCCGUCUCCCGGGACCGAACUGCGCGGCUCUGGGCUCCUGACGGUCUUAACAGGGGUUUUACUGAAAUGCACUGUAUGAGUGGCCACUCAAAUUUUGUAUCUUGUGUGUGCAUCAUACCUCCAAGUGACCUCUAUCCUCGUGGGCUGAUUGCAACUGGUGGCAAUGAUCAUAAUAUUUGCAUUUUCACAGUUGACAACCCAGCUCCUCUUUAUGUCCUUAAGGGUCAUAAGAACACAGUUUGCAGCCUUUCAUCUGGGAAGUUUGGCACAUUAUUAAGUGGAUCAUGGGAUACAACAGCCAAGGUCUGGUUGAAUGACAGAUGUAUGAUGACAUUACAGGGUCACACAGCUGCAAUAUGGGCAGUGAAAAUACUUCCUGAACAGGGAUUAAUGCUGACUGGUUCAGCUGACAAAACUAUUAAACUGUGGAAGGCAGGCAGAUGUGAAAGAACAUUCACUGGACAUGAAGAUUGUGUGAGAGGUUUAGCUAUUCUCAGUGAAAUGGAAUUCCUUUCCUGUGCUAAUGAUGCUAGUGUUCGAAGAUGGCAGAUCUCUGGUGAAUGUCUGCAGGUGUAUUAUGGACAUACAAAUUAUAUAUACAGCAUCUCUGUCUUCCCUCAUUGUAAAGAUUUUGUAACUACUGGAGAGGAUAGAUCUCUCAGAAUCUGGAAACAAGGGGAAUGUGCUCAAACAAUCAGACUCCCAGCUCAGUCUGUAUGGUGCUGCUGUGUGUUAGACAAUGGUGACAUCGUAGUUGGUGCAAGUGAUGGAAUUAUAAGAGUGUUUACAGAGUCUUUAGAACGCACAGCAAGUGCUGAGGAGAUUCAGGCUUUUGAAAAUGAGCUUUCCCAAGCAUCCAUUGACCCUAAAACUGGUGACUUAGGAGAUAUUAACACUGAUGAACUUCCUGGAAGAGAACAUCUCAAGGAUCCUGGAACAAGGGAUGGACAGACACGGCUUAUUAAAGAUAAUGGGAAAAUAGAAGCAUAUCAGUGGAGUGUUAGUGAAGGAAGAUGGAUCAAGAUUGGUGAUGUUGUUGGUUCUUCUGGAGCCACACAACAAACAUCUGGAAAGGUUUUAUUUGAAGGAAAGGAGUAUGACUAUGUUUUCACUAUUGAUGUAAAUGAAAGUGGGCCUUCCUACAAACUGCCAUAUAACAUCACUGAUGAUCCUUGGCUGACUGCAUACAACUUCCUGCAAAAGAAUGACCUAAAUCCUAUGUUUCUGGAUCAGGUGGCCAAGUUUAUUAUGGACAACACUAAGGGGCAAACACUGUUGAGUACAAGUGCUCAAUUUUCAGAUCCAUUUACAGGUGCUGGACGUUAUGUUCCAGGCUCUUCGUCUGGAUCAAGUAUGAUGCCUGCAGCAGAUCCAUUUACAGGUGCUGGUCGCUAUGUUCCUGGUUCAGCAUCAAAUGCAGUAGCUCCAGUGGGUGGAGUUGAUCCAUAUACAGGAAUGGGUGCCUACCAAUCAGCUGCGGCUAAAGUUGAAAAUAUUUAUUUUCCAAAGAAGGAUGCUGUCACCUUUGACCAGGCCAAUCCUAUGCAGAUACUGGGCAAACUAAAGGAACUUAAUGGCAGUGCAACUGAAGAACAUAAGCUUACAGAAGAUGACUUGAUAACCCUAGAAAAGUUAUUGUCUGCAACAUGUAACACCUCUGCAGAAACACCUACAGCACAGCAACUUCAGACUUUAUGGAGAGCAGUUAACUGGCCAGAAGAUAUUGUCUUUCCAGCCCUAGACAUUCUCAGACUGUCUAUCAGGCAUCCCACUGUGAAUGAGAACUUCUGCAGUGAAAAGGAUCAUGUACAAUUUAUCAUCCUUCUCCUUAAAUUUCUGAACCCCAAAGGAAAGCAAGCAAACCAGCUGUUGGCGCUUAGAGCUCUUUGCAAUUGUUUUGUCAGCCCGGCAGGCCAGAAGCUUAUGAUGAAACAAAGGGAUGAAAUAAUGACACAAGCAAUAGAAAUGAAAUCAGGCAAUAAUAAGAACAUCCACAUUGCGCUUGCCACGCUGACAUUGAACUAUGCUGUGUGUUUACUUAAAGUCAACAACAUUGAGGGCAAAGCUCAAUGUUUGUCAGUAAUCAGCACAAUUAUGGAAGUUGUUCAAGAUCUUGAAGCCAUUUUUAGACUGCUUGUGGCUCUUGGGACGCUAAUCAGUGACGAUACCAAUGCUGUGCAAUUAGCUAAGUCUCUUGGAGUUGACUCUCAAAUAAAAAAGUAUGCCUCUGUAUCAGAACCAGCUAAAGUAAAGGAAUGCUGUAGGUUUGUUCUUAAUCUGCUGUAAUUGUUUUUUUAGCACUUGGGAGACAGUGUAUGCAGAAAAAAAAGAUGCUUUUAUUCAUAUUUUAUGACAGACUAUAAUUGAGAAAAUACUGUGGAUUAAUUACACAUGAUACAGAUCAAAUAAAACUUUUUACAUUGUUUGUCAUUUGACUGCUUUUCUGAAGUCUGUAGUGCACAGGAUCUUUGCAAGAAGUCCUUCUGACAUAGCUCAGAUCAAAAUAGAUCACCAAGAAGUCAAAUAAUCUCAGUACUUAAAGGGUCAUCUAGAUGGAAAUGUAGGAAGCAGUUGAUUCAGUGACUGUCAACUCUGACACCCUCACCAGCCACAUUUCUACGUUUCAGCAAAAUGAGUCUUUCUUGACCAUGCUUUUUGUCAGUAGAGAAGGGGCCCUGAGAACUGUUAAGUUCAAUGAUGCUUUUCACGAGCUUGUUAGUUAACAUUGCUUAAUAUUAACUCUUGUCAAAUAUCCUGGUAGGGAAACAGCGUUUACUUAAAAUUUUCUGUCAGCUUUUUUCCCCACUUCCUUUUUGAAACCUAGCUGUUUUAUGGCUCUUACUGUUUUUAACCUAGAACUUAGGUGACUUUUUGAGGGGUAGAAUCUUUAACUGCCAUAUAGAUGUCGUGCUUCACUGAUAAGCGAGUAUCUUGUAGCUUGUAAAAUGGCUUGAACUUCUACAAAAGCUUUUACAUGACUUUUAACUUUUAAUGACAGGAAGAACACUCCAUCAGUUGAUAGGAAGUGUCUUACUCUGAAGUAUGUCGUAAAAUAUUAGAUGAUUCUAAAAACAAGUAAUUUUGAAGAGUGGGAGAGAAAUUUACAUGCAGAGAACAGACUGAGCAGCUGAAACUGGAAGAGGCUUCCUAGGGAGAUGGUCAGUGCCCCAUGCCUGUCAGUGUUUAAGAGGCAUUUGGACAAUCCCCUUAAUAAUAUGCUUUAA